CGGGCUUGUUCACCUUUAUUUUUGGAAACAGCGCGACUUGUCAUUCGUAGAUGAUACAGGCCACACCUGUAUACAUUGUGUGUAUAUACGCAGUGCGUGUCUCACGCACGACCGUUGCCUGGUUCCCGGUGGAGGCUGCUUCCGACGACGAUGGCGAUAUUCCAAAGGACGAAGAUCAGCGAAUCCUCGAAAUGGACGAACGGGAACGGCAAUUUUGCCGCCGCUGUUAUGGACGAGAAACCGACGACGUUCUGGAGGAAGCUUCGCAUAAAUGAGUGGACUUUCAGUGUGUCGCUCUUCCUGUUCUCCCUGUCGAUGACACUGGGGAAGCUAUAUUUCAAUUAUGGAGAAUCUCUGUCGUGGCAAAUUGGCGACCAAUUACUGGCGAGUAGCGGGACAUUGUUGGAUGCCAGUAAUCAAUAUACGAAUGCAGCUGCUGGUGUGUUAGUUACAUUUUACAAAAAAUAUUGGUGGUUCGUAAAGGCUGCAUUGAGUGGGCUUGCAAUAACAAGUUUCACUUGGUUCAUCAUUUAUAUGGACAGCAGUAUACCAGGUGUGAAUCCACCAUCUCCUUUCAGUUCUUCAAGGCAGAGGAUGCAUGAAGGUUCAAGGAUGCACAUAAAUUAUUUAAUUGGUGUACUACAUGGGAUAUUAUUUUUUAUCUAUAUGUGUUUCUAACUUGACGGAGAUGUGAUCAACAGCCUGUGCAGGGCAGCUCGAAAGAUGGUUCUAUUUUUGUUUACGUGUAAUAUAUUUAUUUAUUUGCAUAUUUAUCAACAUCAACAACUAUGUUUAUUUAUGGCUGUCUUUCAUGUUUGUGGUAUUUAAUAAGUUUUGAGUUAGAAGUUGUCGAUGAUACACAUCGAUAAUCUUGACGUUUUGUAAUUUCCUGUUGAUUUCUACAUUGUAAAAAUUACAUGGUUGCAACUAUUGAGAAAAUAAAUUCACUUUCUUUGAGUAGUCCAAGAUGAAAAACGCAGGAUGUGAAAGCGAGCAUUAGUAAAAUGCAAAGGUCUUGUUUGCUCUAGUUUUCACCCUAGUAAUCACACUAACGGUACUACUAUGCGCGGAAAGUAUCGAGCUAGUACAACCGUGCGAUGCGCAGCAACCAAAAACGUCAAAACGUCAAAAGUACAAAACAGUCCGUCGUUCCAAAUUUUAAAGGAUAAUCUAUUACAUUAUUAGAACUUUGUGUAUCUAAGACUGACUGAUUAUCCGAUAGAAUAAUUUAUAUUUAUCGGUAAGCUAGAAUAAGUGUUGCGAAGUAUACUUCGUAUUUUAUUUUGUGAGGUAAAUUUUAUUUUAUAUACAAUUCACUCGCAAUACGUAUUCCGUGCUCUAAUAUUCCUUUUGCGUGCCUAAGAAUAAUGCAUCGUUCUCAGCACACUGUAUCGUCACAUGUCACAGUUUAAGUGAUGGCGCUUAUUAAUAAUUUUUUAGAAAUCAUGUACCAUUGGAAUGAGGUGCGCCUUUAUUAAACAGUUACUGCAUACCGAGAAUACUGUGAGGAACAUUUAUUGCUACGCGAGCAAUGAAUCUCGUGCUACUUUGGUACUUUACUGUGUAAUAUUUAUACGCUUAUUAUUAGACGUAUUUGUUAUACACUUAAUUUAUUUCAACUGGCAACUGUAUACAUAGGAGCUUCGAUAUCGGGAAUGUAAAGUUAGUGGCCGUCGAGUCUCUCUAUUGUAACUCUAAUUAUCUCUAAUUACCUGAAACUUACGAUUUGAUAGGUCUACGAAACAAGAAAUGUAAAUCGCUGUUAUAGGUAGAAUAAGUGAUUACGUACUGUUAUGCGACAAGUUUCAUAAGUUCCAGCUGUUACAAGUAUUAUGAAUGUCUAACAAGAUAUGCUCUAUUUUUCGAACGACUAAUAUCGAUAGAAUUAACAAAGUAAGAGUAUAUUCUUCGUGAGAUGCCUUCUCAAUAGUCGGGCAGUCACUGUUGCGUGCAGCAUUGUCUCGCGCGAAAUGUUUGUAACGUGAGACGAAAUUUUAUUUAAUAAACGAUUAACUGACACUUUCGCACAUGAA